AUGAAUGCUGAAGGCGAGGCGAUAUUGGAGUUAGCAGCGAGUUGUGGGAUGGUGGUAGUGAAUACGUGGUUUAUAAAGGAAGAAAGCAAGCUUGUGACGUAUGAAUCUGGUAACAGUAGGACGGUGGUCGAUUAUAUACUGGUGAAUGAAGAAGAGAGGAAAAACGUGAAGGAUGCAAAAGUGAUUGCAGGAGAAGAAUGUGUGACCCAGCACAAGUUGCUGGUCAUGGACUGGAGAAUCAGGAAGGUGAAGAGGAGAAAGGUUGAGGGUAGAGGCAGGCUUAAGCUAUGGAAGUUACGAUCGAAUGAAGGGAAGCAGUGUUUCCGUGACGAAAUUGCGACAUUGAAUGUUGAGGGUGAGACGGCGGAGGAGCGAUGGACGUGCUUGGAGAAGGGUGUUUUAAAGGCAGCGGAGAAGGUAUGUUGUAGAAGUAAAGGCGGUAGUAGAAGAACAGGCAUGGUGGUGGGAUCAACGAGCAAAGGAAGUGGAAAGGUGGAGAAGAAUAGGAUCGAUUUGGAUUCAAGAAAAAGGCGCGAAGUGGCUAAAGGAAAGAAAGAAUCAGAAAGAGAAUGGAAGGAGGAAAUGGAAGAACUGGAGAAGGUGGAAGAUAGGGGGACACGGUUGAAGUGUGGAUGA